AUUGCUCUUGCCGGUGGUAUAUUUUAGGGCUCUUACGAUCCAUUCGCUCGCCAGAGGAUGGGAUUCAUGGCGCAGAUCGUGGCGCUGCUGCUGCUGAUCGAUGCCGCAGUGGCAGCAGCACGGCUGUUGCAGUUUAAUUCUCACGGCGCCUUCAAGAUCUUGCAGGUUGCUGACAUGCAUUUCGCGAAUGGAGCAACGACCAAAUGCUUGGAUGUUCUCCCGGAGCAGUACGCAGGGUGCUCGGAUCUCAACACGACGAGCUUCGUCAAGAGGAUGAUCGACGCGGAGAAGCCAGAUCUCAUCGUCUUUACAGGUGACAACAUAUACGCAUCUGACUGCUCCGAUCCGGCCGAGUCUCUCGACGCCGCGUUUGCGCCAGCCGUCGAGGCAAAACUUCCCUGGGCAGCUGUUCUAGGCAACCAUGAUCAAGAAUCGUCUCUCAAGCGCUCCGGAGUCAUGGAUCACAUCGUCCAGAUGAACUACACGCUCGCACAGGUGAAUCCUGCCGGGGUCGCCACCAUUGACGGAUUUGGGAACUACAAUCUCGAAGUUCUCGCUCCUGGCCAAGACUCGGAACAGGAGAGCCUUCUCAACUUGUAUUUCGUGGACAGUGGAGACUAUUCCACUGAUCCAAGCAUUCCAGGCUAUGGUUGGGUCAUGCCCAGUCAGCAAGCGUGGCUGAGAAACCUCUCGUCGUCUCUCCAGGGGAGUGCCAACCAAAGCCGUCCAGCGCUAGUGUUCUUUCACAUUCCUCUCCCAGAAGUGAACAACUUCACGUCCUCUCAGAUCGUGGGAGUGAAGCAGGAGAUGGUGGCGUCGCCAACGUUCAACUCUGGUUUCUUCCAGACGCUUGUGGAGAUGGGAGACGUGAAAGCAGCUUUCACUGGUCACGACCACGUCAAUGACUUUUGCGGCGAGCUGCAACACAUACAACUCUGCUACGGCGGCGGCUUUGGCUACCACGCUUAUGGCAAAGCGGGAUGGUCUCGGAGGGCCAGAGUGAUCGAGGCUUCGCUGAGCGAUGGCGGAGGAGGAGUGGAAAAGAUUAUGACUUGGAAACGUUUAGACGACGAGAUGCUGAGCACCACCGACAAACAAGAACUGUGGCGACGAAGAUACGAUCCUUCGUUCUCGAGCUCGAAUCAAGUCUGGUGACCGUACGUGCGGAAAAUAAAAUAGCUUGGAGCUAUUCCGAAGUUGCGACGUGUCGAGAGGGAGGUAUGUGGCACCACUGUGCCAAGCCACGCGAGGCAGCUGGACCUCGCCUUACAAAAGCCACUUCUCGGAGGUUUGCGUUCCAAUUGCAUUUGGUUGUUGAUCGAUAAAUCUCAUUCGACUUCUCAGUUGUUUU